GGCCGGGCCCGUGACCUUGCGGCGGUGUCAAACGUGGAUGCGGGGUGCAACUGGUCACUUGCAAGGUCGGAAAUAGCCGCAGCGACAGCGGUAACAACAACAAACAAACGAACCACAGUAGCUGGCUGCUGCCAUUCCAGCUGGAGAUGUAACCGCGACUGUUAACGAUCAACAACCCAGUCAUGUGUUGAGCGGUGCGGUGGUGGGUGGGUGGGCGAGUGGCUAUGUGGGCUGCCCUGUCGAGGACGCGUGGCCUGCUUCACGCCACGGCCUUCGAUUCCCGGGCGCGGCACCUCGCCGCCCGCUUAGAACCUCCCAGGUUGCAGCCAGAGUCAACCCUGCCUGAGUCGACCCUGCCCGAGUCGACCCUCCCCGCAGAGGCCUGCCGGACAAGCCGUCUCAACUUCCCGCAGCGGGGCGUUGACCACGACCCGUCGCCCAUGGACCCCGACCCCCGGGGCCUCACCCCCCCCCAGCGGCCCCCCACGGCGGCCCUCGGAGGCCCACGGGCCCGGGCGAGCCCCUGGCCGAGCGACGGCGGCCGCCGGCUCGUCGUCUCGUCGACGGGGAGACGCGAGGAAGACAAAGACGGCUGUGGCGAGGAGUUGUGGGGGGCCGCGCUGAGGGCCGCCGUCGAUGCUGGGCCUCGGGCGGCAGCUCGUGGGGAAGCCGAGGGCCUCGGGGCGGAGGAGGCCGCUGCGGAGCUGGCUCGGUGCUACGCGGCCCUGGGGCCCUCAGGCCGCCGGGGCCUGCUGAGAGCCCUGGCCAGAGACCCCCACGGGGUCGACCACGAAGCGGCGGCCACGCUGGCGGGCAGCGUGGCGCGCAUGCAGGGAGAGGGAACGCGAGACCCGGCCACUCUGCUGCAGGCCGAGGAGAGGCUGCGUCAGGCCCUCGCCCCGCGCUACAAACACCUCCUGGUGCGUCUCAGUCGUCUGGAGGGAGGCGUCAAGCUGCUGGUGGACAUGCGUGCCGACGCGCUCGCCGCCGUGGCGGCCCGGGACGUGGCCGAUGGGCCCCACCUCAAGGAGCUGGCCAUGGUGCUGAAGGCGCUGCUGUCCGAGUGGUUCUCAAUUGGACUCCUGCAUCUGGAGAGAGUCACGUGGCAGUCCCCGUGUGACAUGCUGCAGAAGAUUGCACAGUACGAGGCGGUGCACCCGGUGCGCCACUGGACGGACAUGCGGCGCCGCGUGGGGCCCUACCGCCGCUGCUUCGUCUUCACGCACGCCGCCAUGCCCCGUGAGCCGCUCGUCGUACUGCACGUGGCGCUCACCGACGCCAUCUCCAGCGACAUCCGGUCCAUCGUGCGUGAGUCUCCCACGGCCGCCACCCCGGGCCCUGCGACCCCAGCGGCCCCAGCGGCCCCCGCGGGAAUCGUCGCGCCCCCCGAGGACGCAGGCAGAGUCCGGGCGGCCGUCUUCUACUCCAUCAGCGCCACCCAGCGCGGCCUGCAGGGCAUCGACCUGGGCCACCACCUCAUCAAGCACGUGGUGCGCCAGCUGCAGGCGGAGUUCCCGUCGACGCUGCGCGACUUCUCCAGCCUUUCUCCGAUCCCGGGAUUCACGCGCUGGCUCGCGGGCGUGCUGGCCUCGUACGACCCGCGACCCCUGACCUCGGUCACCCCCCUCCCGCCCUCGCCCUCCUCCAACCCCGAAGAGGCCGCCCGCCGCCCUCCCGCCCUUCCUGCUGCCCGACGAGGCGGCCAAGUUGGAAGCCCUCACUGGCCUCCCGGCCGUCUCGGCGUUGCGCGCGGCGCUCUCGCGCUCACAGCUGCCCCGACGACUCGGACAAAGACGGCGGCGGCGGCGGCGGCGGCGGGGGAACGACGGACUGGAGCCGGCGCGGCCUCCCUGGACUGGUGGCGCCGCGGCGAUCUGCGCGAGGCGAUGCGCGCGCCGCUCACGCGUCUCUGCGCGCGCUACCUGGUGGGCGAGCGUCGCCGCGGCCGGGCGCUCGACCCCGUGGCGCACUUCCACCUGCGCAACGGCGCCGAGGCCUGGCGCCUCAACUGGAUGGCGGACGCGUCGCCGCGGGCCCUCCGCUCCUCGGCGGGCCUCAUGGCCAACUACCGCUACUGGCCGGAGCGGACGGUGCGCAACGCCGCCGACUACGAGCGGCACGGGCGCGCCCCGGCGUCCGCCGACGUGGCGGCGCUGGCGGCGGCGGCGGCGGCGGCGGGGGGGACCACGGCGCCAGCAAGCUGUGACGACGGCGCCAGCAAGCUGUGACGACGACGCCAGCAAGCUGUGAUGACGACACCUGCAAGCUGUGAUGACGACACCAGCAAGCUGUGACGACAGCAGCAAGCUGUGACGACAGCAGCAAGCUGUGACGAUGACAACAACAAGCUGUGACGACGACGCCAGCAAGCUGUGAUGACGACACCAGCAAGCUGUGAUGACGACACCAGCAAGCUGUGACCACGGCGCCAGCAAGCUGUGAUGACGACACCAGCAAGCUGUGAUGACGACACCAGCAAGCUGUGACCACGGCGCCAGCAAGCUGUGAUGACGACACCAGCAAGCUGUGACGACGGCGGUGGCGGCGAUGACGGCGCUCGAGUGAUCGUGGGUGCGACAGAUACGGCGACGCUUGGGUUUGUGGAAUUUUGUCGAAAGGGAAAAAAAAAUUUGAUUGAUUUCAAGAUUUCGUCGCGCGAUCGUUUUAGCUGGCGUGCCCAAAUGAUUGUUUUAAUUUAGAAAAAAAAUCUAAAUCUCCUUUGCGUUGAGAUUUUACGGAGAUCUUCACCACCCACCCACGCCCCCUAGUCAUCACUCGAACCGCAGCCCCGAUUCACAGGGACGCUGGGCGAAGGAAUCGCCUGUGACGGCAUGACGGUGCGGCGCGGCAAUUUGUUCCCCGGUGGUCACCGCACGCGGUGGGGGGUGGAAGCGUCCGUGGUUCAACGGGUGCACAAUCGUAAAAAAUAUUUACGAGUUAAGAUUUAGUUAAAAGGUUAAUUUUAAUAAUUGCGUGAUAAUUGCAUACGGCAGGACAUGGUCUAAUAUCCGAACUCUGUGCUAUUAAUAAGCUUUGCACACCAGCCUUUGCUUUAAAAUGUACCGGCCCAUGCGGUCGCGUGUCCUACAGCAGUCCAGAGAAUACUACGGUCAUUCUCCACGGGAGGUAAACACGCCGAAGCUGAGCAGGGGUGUGAACCUGGGGGGGGGCCAACGCUGCGCGGGGAAUCGGCGCUUCUCCACCUUCACCGCAACCCCCCGCGUUGGCCGGCUCGGUGAAAAGCGCGCGCGGACAACAAUCCCCCGGGCCCCAAUCCCGGCAUACCCGCGCCGCGGACGCUUCGAGCGGGCUGCCCCGAUCCCGGCUGCCCCGCUUCCGGCUGCCCCGAUCCCUGCUGCCCCGCUCCCGGCUGCUCCGUGGCGCGUUGGCGGAGGGAGGAGCCGGGUUUUUUGCGACUUUUUUGCCGAGAACGGGACGGAGGCUUGCGCGAGUAAAAGUAAGAAAAAAAGGAAAUAAAACAUUUCACUGAACAACGCAACGAGAGUGCUUGUCGCACGUGACUGUGACCCCGCCAAUGAGUCAUCCGCGGUUGAGGAGCUUUCGGUGGUUCGUGCACCAGCGGCCGGGCCUGGUCAGUACGGCGAGUCCUCGCCCGGCUGUUUGGUGACGUCGCGUAGACAGCUCGCGCCGGACUGCUUCCUUGAGCUGCGUGGCCGAGCGGUGUGGAAAUUCUGGGUACACGCGCACGGAAUGACACGGUACGCCCCCCCCCCCCCCCCGACGUCUCGCCGCGUACGCCGUGAAUCUCGCCGAACGCUCGCCGUCUGGCACUGUGUCGCGCGGCGAAAUAACCGCUCACCGCCAAAGACUUUCCGCUGCCACACUCGGGGCUGCUGUGACUACGCGCCGUCUGCUUCGCCCGCGGCGGGGGCGGUAGCAAUACUGGCAAAGGAGGUCCCAUGAUGUAGAUGCUCACCUAAACUAUUUUGUAUUUUACCAGGUAAGGCCCACUACCUGAGCUACGCAGCACUCUUUCACAAAUGAUCGCCCAAUCAAGUGGCUUAUUAUCAUCACCUGGAGAUUGUGGACAUUUAUAGCAGCCAAAAUACUCUCAAAACGCGUGACGUUGAUUAUAAAUGUGGAGGGAAAAACCUGAGGACCUGGAGAAAAAUCCACGACCUCCUGUACACCAAGCGAGGUACUCAACAUCUCCUAGCCACCGUGAUGAUGAUGAGAGAGAGACGCAAACUCCAAAUAUACAGCAGCAGGCGUCAGGGUCGGGAUCGAACCCACGGCCUCCUGUACACCAGGCGAGGUAGUUAACAUCUCCUAGCCACCGUGAUGAUGAUGAGAGAGAGAUGCAAACUCCCAAUAUACAACAACAGGCAUCACGGUUGGGAUCGAACCCACGACCUCCUGCACACCAGGCGAGGGAGUCAACAUCUCGCCACCAUGAUGAUGAGAGAGACGCAAACUCCACAUAUACAACAGGCGUCAGAGUUGGGAUCGAACCCACGACCUCCUGUAUACCAGGCGAGGUAGUUAACAUCCCCCAGCGACUGUCGCCUUAACGUGCUGUAGGAACGGUCGCCAUAUGAAUGUCGUUGUUGGAACGUCGCCGCUGUGGGAACGCCGCUGUCGGAACAUCGCCGUAGAAACGCCGUCGUCGGAAGGUUGCCGCUGUAGGAACGCCGCUGUGGGAACGUCGGAGGAGGAAUGUCGUCGGAGGAGGAACGUCGGAGGAGGAACGUCGGAGGAGGAACGUUGUCGGAGGAACGCCUUUGUUGGAACGUUGCCGCUGUAGG